AUGGAAGCGAUUCAAGUGGAAUUUCCACUUCCAUAUCAUGAGAUUGCUUCAAUGUCAGAGUUUGGUGGAAAUAUGUGGGUUGGAACUGAGCAUGGAGAAAUUCAUGUUCUCACUCAAAAUACGGAAUCAUUAAGCCAUCCAUUCAUUUUAUCAAGUAAAACUCCGUUUUCAGAAGAACAUUCAAUUAUUCAGACGAUGUUUGCAAUAGAACAAAUAGGAAAACUCUUCGCUUUCGUUAAACAAGAGAAUGUCGGAAAAAUAAUUAUGAUUGAUUCAUCAUAUAAAGUCGAAACAUUUUCAGAAGGUGUCACAUAUGCAGCUAGAUCACCACAUGAUGCUUUACCAGCAUUUGUUUUAGCAAAAAAUAAUUUAUUUUAUUAUUACUUAGUAAAAGACAAUACUUUACAACCACCAGUUGAAGUAGAUGCACUAUCUACAAUCAAUGGAAUAUCAGUAAAUAAUUCUGGUGUUGCAUUUUACGCAAAUUCUCAAUAUUUCCUUUGGUGGCGAGUUUCGAAGCGUGUAAUGAAUGUAGCAGCUUGUGUUCUUCCAAAUUCAUGCAUUGUACCCGAUAAAAACUCAUUUGUUUUUUGCAUGAAAGAUAUGUUACAAUUAAUGGAGAAGAUGGCCAAAAGAUGGCAACACCAAUAG